AAAGAUUUGUCAUAGUUAUCUGUUAUCUGCCUAACCAGUGUACAAAGCAAGUUUCAGAAUGGCACAUAACAAACUUCAGCACUGCAGUCCCAAUGGAAUGUUAUGGUGAAGAAGGAUGCAUGCUUGAGGCAGUGCUUUUCCCUCGCUCUCCGUGGAGCUCAGGUGUGUCUUUACAUGCUGAGGCACUCAGCACCAUUACUCCACAGUGCACAGGGGGGCAGGGGUGGCGCACAGCUGCCACUCUGGACAGAGAUCCACUUUUCCAACAGGGCAGGACCUCCACAACUCACAACUUUCACUCCACUCUGACUCUCCACUAUGUUGAUCCUGGGCCCUUUACUGUUCCUGCUCACGUGUUUGGCCACCCCUCUGUUCGCUCAGGAGGAUGAGUGUGAUGACAACUCGUGUCACCCACAGCUGGGAGACUUGAUGCUCGGCCGUUCUGCACAGCUUUCGGCCACCUCCACCUGCGGACUCGCAGGACCUCAGAACUACUGCAUCUUGGGAUACCUGGAGGAUGAGCAGAAAUGCUUCCUCUGCGACUCAAGGAAUCCUUACAAUCGCUAUCACAAUCCCAAUAGUCAUCGCAUCGAGAAUGUGAUCACAACCUUUGAAGGGUCACAACGCAAGAUGAAGUGGUGGCAGUCUGAAAAUGCUGUUCACCAUGUUAGCAUUAAACUGGACCUGGAGACUGUGUUCCAGUUUAGCCAUCUUGUUCUAACUUUUAAGAGCUUCCGCCCUGCUGCCAUGCUGGUGGAGAGGUCUAAGGAUUUUGGACAGACCUGGAAGGUGUUCCGCUACUUUGCUGAGAACUGUCAACUCUCCUUCCCUGGAGUGUCCGAGGGACCAGCAACAAGUUUAGAUGAGGUCAUCUGUGAUAGCCGCUACUCUGGCCCAGAGCCCUCCACUGAUGGAGAGGUUGUGCUCAAAGCCUUGGAUCCCAGGUUUGAAAUAAAUGAUCCAUAUGACCCUAAAAUACAAGAGCUCAUCACCAUAACUAACCUGCGGGUGAACUUCACACAACUCCUCACUUUGGGCGAUACACUGCUGGGCCGUCGGCGGAGGAACCCCGAGGACAAAUACUACUAUGCGCUGUAUGAGAUGUUGGUGCGGGGAAGCUGCUUCUGCAACGGCCAUGCCAGCCAGUGCAUGCCUGUGGAUAAUGCCCGAGGGGAUGCGUUCAACGAGCGAGGCAUGAUUCACGGCCGAUGUGUGUGUCAGCACCACACAAUUGGUACCAACUGUGAGAGAUGUGAAGACUUUUACAAUGAUGCCCCCUGGAGGCCGUCUGAGUCUACAGAUCCUCAUACCUGCAGAAAAUGCAACUGUUACGGUCACUCGGAGAGGUGUCACUUUGACAUGGCGCGGUUUGUGGCCAGCGGGGAGGUAAGUGGCGGUGUGUGUGAAGACUGCCGCAACAACCGCGUGGGCGCCCAGUGUGAGCAGUGCCAGCCCUACUUCUACCAGGACCCCAGCAGAUCCCUGGAGGACCCUCAGGCAUGCAUACCAUGUGAUUGUGACCCUGCUGGCUCGCUGGACAAUGGCCUCUGUGAUGCCUUAACGGGACGGUGCGUGUGUAAGGAGAAUGUGGAGGGGGACAGGUGUGACCGCUGUAAAUUUGCCUUCUUCGGCUUACGCCAGGAUGACCCCUCAGGCUGCCAGUUUUGUCAGUGUAACUUACUUGGUAGCAUCACAACACCCCAUGCAUGUGACCAGACCACAGGCCAGUGUUUCUGUCAGCCUUUUGCCACAGGACCGUACUGUGACCAGUGUGUGCCAGGCUAUUGGGGUCUAGGAAACACUGUAUACAGCUGUCUGCCUUGUGACUGUGACACAGGUGGAUCCACCAGCAGUUUGUGCUCCAGUAUUGAUGGUCAGUGUCCUUGCCGGCCCAACAUGGUGGGGCUCAGCUGCAGUAGUCCGGCUCCUGGUCACUUUCUGGCCCCGCUGGACUACUACAUCUAUGAGGCUGAGGACGCCACACCGCUGGGAAGCGGUGGUUCAUCACUGGUGAAUCCACCCAACCCCACCGGUGUACCACUGCCCAUCUGUGAGCAUUACUACCGUGAACAAGGUUAUGACUUCAAACUCAGUGAUGGACAGUAUGUGCUCAUCAGACGAGAGAGGCGGAGCAGUCGACAACGAAGACAGGACCAGCCUCAGUAUAUAGAGCCUGAUCCAGCUGUGCAGGUCAGAGAGCGCCGGCCUGGUUUCCCCAUCACAUGGACUGGACCUGGGUUCAGGAGAGCUCCACAGGGUGCAGUCCUCCGGUUCAACAUUAACAACAUCCCAGCCUCCCUGCAGUACCACCUUCUGCUCCACUAUGAGCCAGAGUCCUCAGACGACUGGGUGGCCAGUAUCAGAAUUGUGCCUUCAGCACCUUUGGACUACGGAAGGUGUCAGAAUGACCCAGCGGCAGACAUGGAGCUAACACUGUCUGGUUCCAAAAGGGUGGCUCUUUUGGAUACCACAGUGUGUUUGGAAGCUGGUGUGCCAUACUCUGUGGAUGUCACUCUAAGAAAGCAGUCCAGUCCAGACUCCCAGUCUAGCCCAUACAUCCUGAUGGACUCGCUGGGCCUUGUCCCUCAGGUGGACUCCCCCCGGACUCAGGACGGGAGCUGCUCCGAGGCUACUGAGCUUCAGCAGUACCGCUGUGUGGAGCUGAACGCUGCCACGCCCCCUGACCAGUGCCAGGGUCUCAUUAGCAGCAUAUCUGCCCUCAUCCACAACGGUGCCCAUCACUGCAGCUGUAAUGAAGAGGGGGCCUACAGAGAAACCUGUGCAAAAUUUGGGGGUCAGUGUGAGUGUAAGCCAAACGUGAUUGGCCGCUGCUGCGACUCUUGUGCCCGACUGACCUUUGGCUUUGGACCAAAUGGAUGCACACCCUGUGACUGUGAGUCCAUGGGCUCAACAGCUGAGCUCUGUGAUGUGACCACUGGCCAGUGUCCAUGCCGUGCGGAGGUGACUGGCAGGCAUUGUGACCAGUGUCUGCCUGGCCAUUAUGGCUUUCCUCAGUGCUCGCCCUGUCGGUGCAAUGGACUGGCUGACCUUUGUGACCCCAUCACUGGAGCAUGUUUGGACUGCCGGGACUUCUCCACUGGACACAAUUGUGACAAGUGCCUUCCUGGUUACUACGGAGACCCAGUCUUCAGAGAGCCCUGUGAGCCGUGCAGAUGCCCAGAUGUGCAGGGGAGUGACCGUUUCUUCGCCCUGUCCUGCACCAAGGACGACGACACCGACAGCCUCACCUGUGACUGCCUCAGGGGCCACGCAGGAGCCCGAUGUGACAGCUGUGCACCUGGCUUUUACGGAGACCUGGCGCUGCCUGAGGCCCAGUGUGAGGAGUGCCGCUGCAACGACAACACGGACCCUCAGGACGCCAGGGCCUGUGACGGGGUGACCGGUGUCUGCCUGCGCUGCCUACACAACACCCGUGGGCCCUCCUGUGAGAGCUGCAAGCCAGGAUACUAUGGCGAUGCUCUGGUCCAAGACUGCAAAGAAUGCUCGUGUGAUCGGCGUGGCACAGAGGUGGUCAUGUGCCCACUGGACAGCCCGUGUUUCUGUGAUGAGGAGACUGGGCAGUGCCCCUGCCGCACAGGUGUGACCGGCCCUCUCUGUAAUGAGUGUGAGGAUGGCUACUGGAACCUGGAUGGUGAUGCAGGAUGCCAGCCUUGCAGAUGUGACCCUGAUCACUCACUCAACAAUGUCUGUGACAAGGUCACAGGCCAGUGCCCCUGUCUGCCUGAGUAUGGGGGUCAAUAUUGUUACGAGUGUGCCGAAAACUACUUUGGAAACCCCGACGUUCAGUGCCUUUACUGUGACUGUAACAUGGAGGGCACCCUGCGGCCGGCCUGUGACGUGGACACGGGUGAGUGCCGGUGCCGCCCUGGCGUGACGGGCAUCCUGUGUGAUGAGUGUGCCCCAGGCCAUGAGGCCACCUUCCCUGAGUGCCCACCUUGCCAUCCCUGCUCUUUGCUUUGGGCUGCAAACAUCACAGAUGUCAAGAAAGCUGCAGAGAAGAUGCAAACCCUCGUCCCUAAGCCUGGUGACCAAAAGGAGUCCAGUUACAGUCAGCGCUGGCAACACAUACUGGACCUGCAGUCCCAGCUGGAGUCGGCUCUGAACAUGACAGGAAAUACCCAGUCAGAACUCGAUGCAGCCGAGGAUCUCCUCUCCCGUAUCAUGGAGCUGAAAGACAGCAUAGAUCCCAGUGCCAUUGUCGUUGACCCAACAUCACUUCUGAACACAGAAAUAGAUAACAUCAAGCUGGAGUUCAAGAAACUUAUAGAUAAGUUAAUCGAUAAAACAAAGGAAGUCCCAAUAACAGAUCCUAAGGCUCUGAAUGACACACUGGAGGAGAUCAGACAGCACUAUAAAGACUUCAUCAAAGACGAGGAGCGGGUCAAGGAUGCAGAGGACAAGGUGGAGUCGUCCAGGGACAUCAGGCAGAAGACCAAGCUAGAGCUGGCCAAGUGUCACACCGGAGGCUGGGACACACUAGAAAAGAAAGUCAAAGCUUUGAAUGUGGUCAAGUUCAAUGAAGAGGUGUGCGGGGCCCCAGGUGACGCCGAGUGCUCUGAGGCCAAGUGCGGCGGUGCUCUGUGUAAGAAUGACGCUAACAAGAGCAAGUGUGGAGGCCCUGGCUGCAAGGGCAGCCUUCCUCUGAGCCACAGCGCCUUCGAGACAGCAGAGAACACCGAGAUCGACCUCAUUGAUCUGAACCACAAACUCAGAGAAUCAGAAAUCAAGAUUAAUGAGGCCAGAGACAUGAAUGAAGAAAUUAAAGGAGAAACAGUCAAGAUGAAAAAGAAGAUCAAUGACAGCAAGAACAAAUUUGAGAAGGAGAAGAAUGGUACCAAGGAUCUCAUCAAGAAAGUGAAGGACUACCUCACAGAUGAGACGGCAAGCCCAGAGGACAUUGAGGAAAUUGCCAAAGCAGUCUUAGCUAUUAAGCUCCCCAAGACUCCGGAUGAGAUCCAAAGCAUGAUCAAAAACAUCCGUGACCUGCUGUCCAACUUUACAAACUCUCAAGAGGACCUAGAGCUCCUGGAGGAGAAAGCCAAGACAGCAGAGAAACUACUUGAACAAGCCAACAAUGUCAAAAACCGAGCAAAGGCAAUCGAUGUGAGUGACAUUCGGAAGACGUUACAAGAGGCUAAACUCUUACAGGAUAAGGUCACGGAUAACCUAAGGGAUGCCACAAAUUCCACAGUCCAGGGUGCUGACAAAGUGAAAGAGACUAAAGGUAAACUGGACACCAUAGAGGCACGGUUGAAUCCAAAUGUGACAAAGUUGCUGCAAGAUGUUGAAGCGUUGAAGAAUAAAACUGAGAUGAACCGAGCGCAGGCAGAGGAGGCCAAAGCUGCAGCGGACGCUGCCCUAAAAAAUGCCACAGGUGUCAGCACGGAUAUCAAAGAGGUCAUUGAACUGUUUGAGGAGCUAAAGGACAAAAAAUCAAAUCAGACUGCUAAUGACGAGGUAAAAGAUCGUCUGAAAAAUAUCACAGCUGAAGUGGAAAGUAUGGCCAAAGAUGUGGCUGACAAGAUGAAGAAAAUUGAAGACUUGGAAAAAAGACUCCAAGCAGUCAUCAAAGAUAAAGAAGAUAAAGAGAAUGAUGUUGCUAAGCUGUUGGAGGAGGCAACAGCCCUCAGAAAAGUGAUUGCCGAAAAAGCUGACAACUACAUACAGUGCCGCUCCUAAAGAAAAUAUCACAUCUUUUCAUGCACACAUCUCAUAAGCUUUUCCACAGACUCUUCUGCGCUCAUAAUGGACUUACUUGUGUCAGUGUUUGUUCAUCGCCCUGUCCAUUAGGUGUCCACUGUGUCCACUGCUCAUUCUGGACUCUGGUAAGACCUUUAUUAAUGGCACAGUGGUGUUGCUGAAGCGUUCAUAUGAAAUUAAGCUACUGAAUAUAUUGUCAAAGGAUGCAUAUCUCAUUGAUAAUCUCAUUGACUGAUAUUGUGUUAUUUUUGUAAUGAGGCUUCUUUGAGAUUUGUUUAGCUAAAGGAUAUAAGGAAUUGAGUUCCUUCCUGGAAUAUUUUCCUUUUACUUGUUUUAUUAAAAAAAAUAUUUUGCUAUCUAAAACAUUCAUCUGUGGUUGUAUAAUGUUAAAUGUGUGUUAGAAUGUAAUGCCUUUAUAUGUCGAGCCUUCAAUGUAGGUAGUUCCCUUAAUUGCCACAGGAGGGCAUACUGUAUGCAGGCAAAGUUUAGAGGUAUGUCACUGACAUGCUCUUGUUUCCCUGAACAGCUGGAUCUUUUAUUUAUCAGUAAUGGAUCUUAAUACUACCAUAUAGAAGUUGAUCCAUCUACACACUAUUACUGUUCCCUUGUGGUCGUUACAUUUUUAAAUGUAAAUAUUUGUGCCUAUUCUAACAAAAUAUUUUAAAU